AUGGAGAUUCUGGGCCCCGGUCCAGAGGGCUCGGUCGCCUGCCCGGUCAUCGCCAGCAGCCCCAGCUUCAUCUGCGUCACGGCCAAGUCCCCCAAAGCGAACGGCCAGUUUGUGCUUCCCGAGACGUACACCAUCCAGCAGUUCAAGGAAGAGAUCGCCAAGCGCUUCAGCUGCGAGGCCGGCCAGCUGGUGCUCGUCUUCUUCGGGAGGAUCCUGAAGGACCAGGCCACCCUCCGGCAGUGCGGGAUCGACGACGGGAUGACCGUCCACCUGGUGAUCCGGCCCCAGCCGGGGGAGCAGGAAGAGCCUCCGCCGCCGCUGCCGCCUUACGUGCCGCGGCUCCCCGCGUGCGCCCCGGUGCCCUCCCACACCGCCCUGGGCCCGGCCCCCUUCAGCCUCGGCACGCAGGGCCCGUGGGGCCCGCCAGACGCAAGCCUCUCUGGCCCCGAGUGGCCGCCGGUGCCCACCUCGGAGAUGGUCGUCCAGAAGGUGCGGCAGGUGAUCCUGGCCAACCCGGAGAUCCAGCAGCUGGCCCAGCAGGUCCCGUCCAUCGGCCACAUCCUCAACAACGCCGACAUCAUGCGCGUCAUCCUGGACAAGAUGCGGGAGAUCAUGGACCUGGCCCGCAACCCGGAGAUGGUGCAGGACCUGAAGGGUCCCGACCAGGCCCUGGUCAGCCUCCAGAGCACCAUCCCCGGAGGGGACAACCCCCUCAGGCGGCUCAACGGCGAGAUGCAGGAGCCCGGGCCGAACCCGGCGCAGGACGGCUUCGUGCUCGGCCCGUACGCCACCCUGGGGAGGGGCCCCUGCCCGUUCCCGGAGCAGGGCACCCUCCAGGGCCAGGAGGGCAUGCCGCCCCCCCCGCUGGCCUCGGCCUGCACCACCAGCCUGGGCAGUGACGAGGGGGGCCUCUCCGGCGGCUGGGUCGCGGCCCCCCUCGGGCACAGCCCCUCCACGCCACACCUGGCCUACCGCUCGGGGGCCGAGCCCUUCAGCCCGAACCCCGACCCGGCCGAGAUCCCGAUGAUGAUCGUGAACCUCUGCAACGCCUACACCAAGCGCAUGAUGUUCUCCCUCAUGCAGAACGCGCUGCUGGCCUCCCAGAACGCCCGGGCCGGGCAGCAGGAGCAGAUCAAGGACCAGGUGACCAGCCUCUCGCAGCAGAUGCAGAGCCCGGAGAUGACGGCCGCCAUGUCAAUGCGGCUACCCACUACAUAA